CAGACCUUCCGAAGCGGGCGUCAGCACAGGACGUGUUUUAACACCGGACGUCACACAAACCCCCCUCCAAUUCUAGUCUCCACUAACCCUCACCUUAAAACAACCGCCGCCAACAUGUUCGAAGCCCGUCUCGUGCAAGGCAGCCUCCUGAAGAAGGUCCUGGAAGCCAUCAAGGACCUGCUGAACGAAGCGUCAUGGGACUGCGCCGACUCCGGGAUCCAACUGCAAGCCAUGGACAACUCUCACGUGUCGCUGGUGUCCUUAAACCUCCGCGCCGAGGGCUUCGACAAGUACCGCUGCGACAGGAACCUCAUCAUGGGCAUGAAUCUCACGAGCAUGUCCAAAAUCCUCAAGUGUGCAGCUAACGAUGACAUCAUCACAAUGAAGGCCCAGGAUAAUGCAGACACUGUCACAUUCAUGUUCGAAUCUCCCAACCAGGAAAAGGUCUCCGAUUAUGAAAUGAAGCUGAUGAACCUUGAUCAGGAACAUCUUGGCAUUCCAGAAACAGAUUACGCAUGUGUUAUCAAAUUGCCAUCUGGUGAAUUUGCCCGCAUCUGCAGAGAUCUUAGUCAGUUUGGAGAGAGCAUUGUCAUUGCCUGUACAAAGGAAGGAGUCAAAUUCUCAGCAGCAGGAGACAUUGGUACUGCAAACAUCAAGCUGGCACAGACCUCCAGUGUAGACAAAGAGGAGGAAGCAGUCGUUAUUGAGAUGCAGGAGCCGGUCACGCUAACCUUCGCUUGCAGAUACCUGAACAUGUUCACAAAAGCAACACCCCUUUCCCCACAGGUUUCACUUUCCAUGUCCCCUGAUGUACCCCUGGUCGUCGAAUAUUCAAUUGGCGAGAUUGGCCACAUCCGUUACUUCUUGGCCCCCAAGAUUGAGGACGAAGACUCGUAAACUUGAAGAAUAGGCUUUCUUAGGGAACAAUAAGGAUGUACAAAAAAAAAAAAAGAAAGAAAAAAAAAUACUGCUAAAUGUGAAUGGUGAAAUAUAAAGGUUACUUAGAAUAGCACAUUUUGUUAACCAGUUGUAAUUUUUAAAAAGCUUUUACUCAUUUUAUUCCUACACUGUACUACCGAAUCUGAAUAUGCAAUAGUUACUUUUCUAUAA